UCUGACCUCUAACAAUAAAAAUGGAAAACAUUCUUUUAUAGGGAUUCAGCCCAGAAUAGCAGUGUCAAAAGAAGAUUUGUCAGGAAUUCUGUGCAGCAUGUUUUCUGGGUGGAACUGGGUAGCCCAUGGCUUAUAUCUAUUCUUGAAUAUUUGUUCUCUUGAAGUUUCAGGUGGACUUGUACAGUCAUGUGGCCACAUCAUUCCAGAAUCUCCUGUGUUGGCCCUUGGUUCCAAUUUCACUGCACUAUGCAUUCUGAAUGAGAGUUGUCUUGACUUUGGCAAUAUAUAUGCUAGUCAAAUUAUCUGGAAAAUUAAAAAUAGACUGGUACCUAAAGAACAAUACCAUGAAAUAAACAGAACUGUUUCCAGUGUCACGUUUAAUGACACUUCUUCACUUGCUACUCCUCUGACAUGCAACAUUUUAGCAGAUGGACAGAUUGAGCAGAACAUUUAUGGAAUUGCAGUUACAUUAGGCUUGCCCCCAGAGAAGCCCAAAAACUUAAGUUGCAUUGUGCACCAGGUGUCAAAACUUACAUAUCCUAUGACUUGUACCUGGAACCCUGGAAGGCAUACAUUCCUGGACACUCAUUUUAGGUUGAAAUACAGAUGGCCACGAGAAGACUUUCCUGACUGCAUACCAAAAGAUGUAAACAAUUCCUGUACCAUUGCUGAUGUUCAGUUUUUUGUUAACCUGGAGGUCUGGGUAGAAGCCGCAAAUGCUCUUGGCAAGGCUGAAUCCGAUCGUCUUGUUUUUGAUCCCAUUGAGAUAGUGAAACCACUGUCUCCACACAACUUAUCUGUCAACUCAGGAAUAUUGCCUACUGUUCUGAAACUUUCCUGGGAGAAUCGGAUUUCAGCAGCUGUGAUGAAACUGAAAUUCAAUAUUCGCUAUAGGAUCAUUAGUGAAACAAAUUGGAUGGAGGUACCUCCUGAAGAUACAGCCUCACCAAGAACUUCAUUCAGUGUUCAGGGUCUCAGGCCCUACACAGAGUAUGUCUUUUCAAUUCGUUGUAUGAAGGAAGAUGGAGUGGGCUAUUGGAGUGACUGGAGUGAAGAAAAGAAUGGGGUGACAACUGAAGAUAAACCAUCUAAAGGGCCACCUAUAUGGAGGAUCAUUGAUGCUUCUCGCUCACCAGCUUUCUGGACUGUGCAUCUGAUGUGGAAGGCCUUGGAGCCAUUUGAAACCAAUGGAAUAAUCUUGGGGUAUGAGGUGACUGUCAAAGCUAAAUCACCUCCCUCCCGUCCACCAGAGAAAUACAAUGUUAAUACAACCAGCCUUACCCUAAAGCUGCCAAACGGAACUUAUGAAGUGACUGUGAUUGCCCAUAACAGAGCCGGGCCAUCCCCUUCAUCAGUUUUACUUAUUCCAGCAAGGAAUUCAAAAGCUCCUGUGAAGAAUAUUAGAACACUUCCUAAAGAUGGCAAGCUAUGGGUAGGGUGGACUGCUCCUAACAGUUACGUUCUCAAAUACGUAAUUGAAUGGUGUCUGGUGUCGAACAGCUCAGACUGUGCCACAGAGUGGCAGAAUGAACCAGGGAAUGUUCAAGGAACGUACUUAAAAGGUGAUAUAAAGCCAUUCAAGUGUUACUUGAUAACUGUGUACCCUCUAUAUGCUGAUGGUCAAGGAAGUGGGCAGUCUGUGAAGGCUUACCUUCAGCAGGAUCGUCCUUCAAAAGGACCAACUGUUCAGACGAAAAAAGUAGGAAAAGCUGAAGCUGUUUUGACAUGGAACCAUCUCACAGUGGAUGAGCAAAAUGGGUUUAUCAGAAGUUACACAAUAUUUUAUAAAACUGUUGAUGGAAAUGAAACAGCUGUGACAGUGGAUCCUUCCAAGACAGAAUAUACCCUUUCUUCUCUAGCCAGUGACACAUUGUAUACUGUGCGGAUGAUGGCAUACACAGAUGAAGGAGGCAGGAGUGGUCCUGAUUUUACAUUUACUACACAAAAAUUUGGGAAAGGAGAAAUUGAAGCCAUAGUUGUACCUGUGUGCCUAGCUUUCCUGUUGAUUGUACUCCUUGGAGUUUUGUUUUGCUUUAACAAACGUGACUUAAUUAAAAAGCAUAUCUGGCCUAAUGUACCUGAUCCAUCCAAGAGUAAUAUUGCUCAGUGGUCCCCUCAAGUUCCAGCUAAGCAUAACUUUAGUUCCAAAGAUCAGAUGUACCCAGAAGGCAGCUUUACCGAUGUAAGCGUCGUAGAAAUAGAAGCUGAUGACAAGAAGUCUUUUUCAGAACAGGAUUUAAAACCCUUUGACUUGCUUAAAAAGGAAAAAAGUACUUCAGAAGGGCACAGCAGUGGUAUUGGAGGAUCCUCGUGCAUGUCUUCUCCUAGACAAAGUGUCUCUGACAGCGAUGAAGGUGAAACUACACAAAACACUUCAAGCACUGUACAGUAUUCUACUGUAGUACUUAAUGGCUACAGAGACCAAACACCUUCUGUACAAGUCUUUUCAAGAUCUGAAUCCACACAGCCACUGCUAGAUUCAGAAGAGAGAUCAGAAGAUCAUGCUGGAGGGAAUGACAGUACAACACAGAGGCAUCAGUAUUUCAAACAAAAUUGUGGUCAGGAUGAAGCCAACACAGACAGGCCAUGCUUCGAAAGAGCAAAGCAAAUUACUCCUGCUAAUGAGGAGGAUCUUGUUGGAUUUGCACAGCUGCAGAUCUCAGGUCAGAAUUCACAGCCCUUGGGCCUUGGGCUGGAAAAAAAUAUCCAGGAAGGUGCUCUGUUAAAUGUUAUAGAGACAAGUACUGAGGGACAAACUGUGAGACCUGAAACAGUGGAGGGAAAUCCAGCAUCAGCUGAUGAGAUGCCAAAAAGUUACCUCCCACAGACUGUGAGACAAGGGGGUUAUAUGCCUCAGUGAGGGAAGAGACUGGCUCUAUUAGGCCUUCAUUAGUGCCUGUUCACACUUUCUCCUGUGUUUCUGAUAAAUUAAGCUAAAUAUUUUUUAUCUGAAUGCAGAUAAAAAUAUUGAAAUUUAAGUGAAGAAUAAUUUGACAAAGUAUGUAAGGACUGUGUUUCUGUGGAAAAUUUGCAGUCCAGACCUACUGGAGACUUACUUUAUGCACUACAUAAAAUCUUACUUGUCUGAAUAGCUGAACAAGCCUUUGUGCUACCUUGCUUUUUUGUGUCGUGUUGUAUCAGAUUUACACAUGAUUGAAAAUAAGCAUUUCAACUAAUCAUAUCAGCCAACAGACCUCCUAGAAGAAAUACUUCAAGAUUUGUAACAGUGUAGACAGCCAGCUUUUAUUGUUUGGAGCGUCUUCAUGUAAAAGUAAGACUUGAGGUUUACUAUUCUAAUGCGGGGAAGAAUACUUAAACUGUACAUUUUUCAGUAGCGUGAUUGACUUUCUGAAUUCUGAUUUGGCCCAGUGUCAUAAUUCCUAAAUUAUGCAAAUUAUGUUCACCCCCAUUUAAAAACUGAACAGAAAAUGUAAUGGUGUGCAAACAGAAAAAAAAUGCCAUGAUUGCUUGACUCUGAAUGCUACUGUAGUAAUCAGUAUUCUGCUUAUAUACAGAUAUAUGUGCACAUAAACUAUAACUUGGCUUAAAACGUGCCUUGCAACUUGUUGCACAGCAAUUCAGUCUUCAUGUUUGAAAGUUAAAAAUCCAGAUGAAAACUUUUUUUUUUCUUAAAGGAUUUCUACCCAAAUUCCUGUCUAAUUAUACCACAGCUCUUUGGUCACCUAAGAUGCCUUUAUUUAAGAAGUACACCUUUGCCAUACACAGCUUGAGGCAAGUAAUGAGCUGUAACCAUUUAAUAUUUUUCUAAGUAUGCUUAGGAGAAAAGCAAUGUGAUCUCCUUCCUUCUUGACAGCAAAGAUUAGUAUGUUGUAACUUCACUGCUAACACCCAAGGACUUCCUUGAAACUGAAAGGAGCAAAAACCAAAGCAUUGAUGACUGAUGCUAUGGGGGCGGUACCCUAUACCUUGAACUUUAAAGUUAAUGAGAACUGGCAGUAUGUAGCUGUUGUUCUUCUUUUUUUUUUUUUUUUUUUUUUUUGUUAAUGUCUCAUUUCCCUCCUGUUCAUAGAGUUUGCAUCUUAUUCAAGAAAAUGUAUUUCUUGAAGAUGGUCACUACUAGGGUUUAAGGAAAUAGCUAGCUCUUUAAAAAAAAAAAAAAAAAUUGAACACCUUCCCUGAUGAUAAAGUUUUAUGGUACUCCUAUAGAUUAAUUUAACUUAGUCUAGUCAGCUUUCUAAUCUGAGAUUAUAAAAUCUUAUUUCAAAACACUGUGUGCUGUGUUGUGAGAAUACAAGGGUUUUAUUUCUCCUUCAGCAGAAGAUCUAUAUAUAUAAGACCUCCUGAAACUUCUCGUGCUGUGAGCUUUGGUGCUGCUGUUCUAAACGCCCUUGCUGGAAGGCCGUGGAAAGAUAGGUGUCAGUGUACUUUUAACUUCCCUUGUUCCUUUUCUGCCAGCUUGCAUUGAAGGACUGAUGUAAAUAUAAGUGUUCAUGUGUCUUCUGUUGUUGUUGCAAAGAAACUAGAUGCUAGAGUAAAUUUAUACGAUUAUCCCUUGAAGUCGCUGCUAUUCAAAAUAGAUAUAAAGAGUUAAAUCUUUAAUAAUGUCAUUUUAUUCAGUAUUUUGCAAUUCCUUUCUCCCAACAGCACAUUCAUUUUAAUGAACAGCUUCUAAUAUUUUUAGUAUCUAGGCACCUUUUUUUUUUUUUUUUAAACUAAGUGCUUAAUGUAACUAUACCUUCAGAACAUUCCUUGAGUAGGUCAGUCCCCCUCCUUUUCUCCCCAUUCCACCUCAGCACCUUUCAGCUCUCCCCCAGGGGGCAAGGACAUGAUAUAAAUUACACUGUCAGUAGUUCCCUGGAGAAAGUGCCUUUUGGUUUUUGAGAAGUCCAAGGAGCAUCCUUUUGUCAGAACACAUUUUUCUGAAAAUAAUAGUAGUUAGUUUAUUGGGAAAUGCAUGUGUCUUCUCUAUGCAGGCUUCACAAGGACUGUAGAAACCACAAGUAAAAUGUAAAGCCUCAGUUGAGCCAUCUGCAUGCUUAGUAGAACUAUCCUGCAGCCGCACAUUGGCUAGUCGACUAUCUGUGAAAGUUUGUGGGCCACAAGAGUUUCAGCGCAAGUCUUUUUGUUAAACUGCCCCUCUGUUAGCCUCUACUCACUAAUUUCUGUGGGAUUUAUUGAACUUGGCUGCUUAUUCUGAAUAUUGCUUCAGAGACCUAGAUGUCUUCAAAUGCAGGUUGAGGAUACUAACUUUUGAUAGCAUUUUUUUUUUUUGAAGGAUGACUACAGUUAUCCUAAAGAUGUGUUUUGUCCUUUCUGUUAAGUAAAGGGAAAGCACUUUGCUCUUAAAUGCUGUUAAUCCUGAACCAUUUCCUAAAUUAGGCAGUGUGCUAAUAGGAGUUUGGCCUGUCACUUCUGGAAUCUUACGUUGUUCGUUGUGUGUAGAUCAGUGGUAAUAAUCACAGAGGAUUAUACAAGAAUGUAUCUUCGAGAUAACGUAAUUCUACCACAUCAAUAGAAUUAUCUAUUUUGCCAUCCUCUCGUGCAUUUAUCUAGCGCUACAAUAGUACAGACUGAGCAGGAAAUACUUGUGGAUAAACAGCUUAUAGAAGCCACAAUAAAUAUAAAUAGCAGGCCUUACAGCUUCUUCAUAAACCUCUGUGCCAAAAUAUUACAUCAUAUAGUUGGGGUUUUUUUUAAUUUGUUUGGAACAUAAGCUGAUUGUAUACACACUUGCACACAGGUUUUAGAGUGUAUGUGAUGUAACGCAUUGUAGCAGUUCCCUGAAAUUGUCUGAACUUGGCCCUCUGUCUAACAUUAUAAUUAAAGGGAAGGGUUUUGUUUUUGUUUGUUUUAAUAACUCUGGUGCACUUUAAAAAAAUAAAGGCAUUAAAAUAUAACCACACUUCAGUAUUGACACUUUAAUGCCCUUGAUUACCUAGACUGGAAUUGUUCAGGUGGGGGUGGGAGAACAGUUGUUAAGACCUUGCUACUUUAGUGGUAGGGAAGGAUGGCUAUUAAGAAUUGAGUUUUUCUCUAUAUUAGCACACUUGGAAUCUCUGUUAAGUGCAGGCUAGCUAGCUGCUUUUCUGUUUGCAAAAAGAAUGAAUAUAUUUAUUUCUACAGUACUGUUGUGAUUGUUCUGUUAAAAUAGGGGUUUGUUUGGGUUGGUUCUGAGGUUUUGUUGUGGCCUUUUUUUUUUCAGGGCAGUUAGAAGGAGAGGCUAUUUCCAAACUGUAGUUAGGAUCUCGGGAUUGUUUCAUUUGUAAUUACUAUAUUACUAAUUACUACAGUAAAUUAAACUACCUGCUAAGCCUCAAACUGACAACAACAAAGCACAGCAGAAAAAACAUUUUUAAACAUCAUUCUGGGCUGUGUUUAGUAUGUGGGCAAGCAUGCACCUACCUAUCUGUGUUAUGGCAGCCUAGCAGAAUACUGUUUAUCAAGACUUGCAAAAACUGUGACCCCAUCACUGGGCCCAACAGCCAGAUGAUCCCUUGACUUCACUUUUAUUCCUCCUAGGAGGACAGGAGAGUUUGCAUGAGAGUUAUUUCUAGUGGUGUCAGGCACUGGAAAAGCACCUCUGACUGGGGUAGGUUUUGCCACUUCUGCUCUGACUGUAAAUCUUGAGCACCACCAAAUGGUUAAAACUUAUGUUAGCAUCCCCUGAAAGUGGAAGUCAUCACACAGUAUUGCAAACUGAUUUAACUUGAGUAAUUUAGCUUAGUUUAAUUAAUGCCAGGUCUUACAUACAGAAGAACCACAUCAGCCUGCAUUGCUGUAGUCCUGACUCCACAGUGGGGUCUGAAACCCCAGAGAUUCUUAAACUAUUAUAGUCAGUUCCACUAGAGGACAUACAUGUUUUAAAUUAGAAUUUAUCUGCAUUAAAUAGAACUAAAUAUACUAGCUGAUUUUUCCACAUGAAAUAACUGUUGUAAUUAAGAUUGUCAUUUGGAUACAUUCUUUUAAAUACAACAAAUUUCCCUGAUUGAUGGAUCAUAAAACUUUAUUAUUCCCUUUUACGCUGUUGUCUCAUUUGCUAGUAUAUGCAUUUUAACUUCCAAGAGUUGAUUUUAAUGUUAUUUGGAAGCAAUUUGUAACAGCAAAUAGAAGUGUUGCUGUUACAAAACAGUGAGUUUUGAGUUACAGCCAACCACAAAGUAAGUGUUCAGUUUAGCUUUCAGGCCAUAGAACUGCAGUGGGUGGGUGUGGGUGUUACAUGCAUAAGCCUGGAGGAGAAUUAAAUAUCCUACAUUUGAUUCACAAAUUCCAAUUCUCUUCUUUAAGAAGUGAAAGGAAGAGUGAAAAAGAUGAAGCUAAUGCAUAUUUGUGUUUUUUCCCCCUCUGUUGUUUUCCCUGCAGUACUCGUGCAAGCUGAGCCAUUCCUAAAAACGAAAGCAGUGCUAACUUAAAUGCAUAAAGAUGCAUUUUAAAGCAACAAGAUUUGAUACAGCUGAAUUUAAAAUUAACAGCUAAGAGCUAGGUCUCAUAGUGAUCAUCAGCUGCCCCUUAGUUUUAGAGCAAGGAGAGGGUAGGCAAUAAAUACCUCACAGAAUGCAGGCCUUAGUUUAUAGUUUUGUGUCCGUUUGCAAAUACAGCCUUGACAAUGGAUAUAUGCAAUAAAGUCACUGAUACUUUGCAGAAGCACACUUCUGUAACAAUAGGUGAAAAAGUGUAUGGCACAAUUGUCAGACUGCUAGAAAGCUUGACGUCCUUCCUGCUUAGACUAAAACGUCUUCCAAACACAGCACUGACUGACUGUUCUUCACUGGCAAUUGCAAACUCCGUAGAUGCACAUUCUCUGCAACUUUUGAAACUGAUAACACGUGUUGCUUUUCCUAAUAUCAAAGCACAUUAAUUGUGGGAUUCAGUCAACUUUGGAUGGUUUUUAAUAUAUCUAUCUUCUUCUCCAAGUAAUAUAUAGCCUGGCACUUUGAUACAGCAAUGGAUUACCUAGUAACCAAGUGCUUUUUUUUUUUUUGAGGAGAGGGGUUAAGGCAUUUAUAAUCAAGAUUACUGGUCACCGAAUGUUAGUGGGCCAAUAUAUGCAUCUAGGUAAGUGGAAUCAUGGGACACAGGGACUUAUUAACAAGGAAAGUGCCUUGAUGCUGGAUUGAAUGGCUAGCAAAUGUAAACAUUAGGUCAAAUUUUACUCUGUACUUAAGGUAACUAUGUCUCACUAAGCUACUGGUAGUUUGUAUGCCAGCUGUAAAGGGCUUGCAUACUCCAGCCAGAGGUUAAACUUGGAAACUGCUGCAUAAACUGUCGCUAUAUGAAAAACUGUGUUUUAAUACCAGUACACUAUCUUCAUUCUUUUGCAAGCUGCAUGUUUAUUGUCAUGUAAACUCUGCUUUCUACAAUUUACUUUUUACUGUAAUUUUCAAAUGUCUUCCUCUUUGUUACCCAACUGAGCCUGGAUGUUGCAUUUGUCUACUACAUAAUACACAAAACAAAACAAAAUUACAUAUA